AUGUUCGGCGUAGGCAUUGACAUUCUGCAUGUGCCGCGCUUGAAAGCUUUGACCAGUCGACGCGGUUCCGCGCGACUGGCCGCACGCAUCCUGAGCCCACCUGAGCAUACCCUGUACGAUGGACUCUCCAAUUCGGACGCUCGGCUGAGAUUUCUUGCCGUCAGAUGGGCAUUGAAAGAAGCGGCCUAUAAGGCCGCGUAUCCUUCAAAACGCUUGACAUGGAAAGAGCUUGCGUACGGACCCUCGGAUGCGCUCGAGGCGUGA